UGCGCACGACAAAAACUAAUCCUCCAUCUUGUGGCGGGAGGCAAAUAACAAAAACAAUCUUCAUGCUUACUGUGAAUAGAUGAACGCCACGGGCUGUUCUCGAAGUCGCACACGAUGGACGCCUACAGUAAAUUAGCGAACUUAAAACCAUUGAUCCGGAGUAUGGUGAUGUCUCAUCGAAAUAAGACCGUGUGUAUACAGGAAUUGCAACGUGAUUUUCAAGACAUUGAAGGUUUCCCGAUUCCCUACGCACAGUUAGGAUUCGAGAAUGUUUUUGCACUCUUGUAUGCUAUGCCGGAUAUAGUGAAGGUUAGCAACAACAACGGAAGAACCGUAGUUACCCACGUUUCUACACCAGCGACGGAGCAUGUGGAACAGUUGAUUCAACGAAGCUGCCAUCGCCGAAGAGGAAGAGGAUAUAAACCAAGAUAUCCGCCUAUCCAAUACCAGUUUCAAAAUUACGCUUCUAAAAAUCAUCGUUUUGAGCAAAGUUAUCCUACCCUAAUGGAAACAAUUGCACCAAAACGACCGAUCGUCGAAGCAGAGGCUUGUGUAACGGCUAUAAAGGGGGAUAACAAUAACAACGACACCGACAAACUCAAUUCGCCAUCGAAACAGCCUACUGUGAAAGAUAGUAACGAAAGUAUGGGCGAAACUUGCGAACACGUUGAUGGAGGCAUAAUGUCUACGGAACCGUAUUGUGAUGUGUGGGACUCGAUUAAUAUGAUCGAUCUACCACCCGAAGUAAUGGGCCUAUCGCACACCAUUCCAAAGGUAAGCAUUACUCAUUACUUUGCGGAGAAAGCGGAAACAAACGUGCGCAUCCAGUAUGUACUUAAUCCGAACCGCAUCUGGCUGGUAAGUGUCCUGCAGGACAAAAUAUUAGAGGAAUUGUUUAAACAGAUGCAAGAAUUCUACCAAACAAUGCCACGUUACGAUUGGUAUGUAGAGGCAAACAAGGUCCAGCAUGGAAUGUACUGUGCCGUCUCAAUUGAUCACGUCUGGCAUAGGGCGAGAAUAGUGGGACCGCUGAUUGGGAGAGAAGUGAAGAUAUUCUUCAUCGACACCGGUGUCAUGAAGUCCAUGGAUUAUAAACACAUCAGGUACCUGUACAAACUGUUCAGCAAUAUUCCGGCACAGGCGAUUCGUGCCUCAUUGGCGGGUCUUAUUCCCAAGUGCUAUGCAUGGACCAGGGCUGAAUCGGAAUGUUUAUCAGCAAGUAUUUCCCAUAAACAGGCAUUUACGGCUUACACGUUGUGCAUAAAUCACAAGCUCGGUAUUUUGAAUAUUGUACUGAAGGAUGAAAACAAUAUUAUAAAUGAGCAAUUCGCUGCGACAACGAAUGCUCGCUGGAUGGGCGCAGUCUAUAUACCCCAGGGGCCCGAGGCGUAUCGUAACAAACUACACAGCUUUAACGAAAAGCAUCCAAGCUUCUUCUGCAUAGAGGAAGGUCACUUUCCAACAGUAGAUGAGCUUCGUUAUUUUUUGGACCAAGAUUUCGAUUAUGAAGAACUGUAUACUCGAUUGCCACAUCCCGACAACUAUGGUGUUGUGGAGAAAAUUUCAAGAGCCUCAAACGAACAAAUGGCUAAACUGUAUGGCAUCGAGAGCGCUACUGAUGAGGAGGAAAUUAAUUUAUCUCCCAGGAACGAUGCGUAGAAGAACAAGACCACAUCGUUAAGAUGUUGUUUUUUUAUCGUACAUCGACCUAAUGUUAUACUCUAUACACGGAUACUUACGCUGACCAGGCUGUUGUAGGAAUCAUCGACGACCUUGAUGUCAUCAACGGCGAUUCUGGUGAUGCAGUUGUAACGG